AAUUUGAAAAUAAUGUAAUAUUGAAUGUAGGCGCCCAACACAGAACUUUCUCUUAGUGUGUCAGGUUGAUUCUAUUCACAGUUGGCUGUUAAAUUCUUCCCCAUAUUAAGGCUCGCGGAAAGCUUUUUCUCCAGAUAUUUUGCUUUCUCGAUGGGUCAAAAACAAUCUAGUCAAGAAGGAAAUAAGAAGGAUGAUAAGACUAAACGAAGAGAAUUCGAUCCGCCAGUACCUACUAGAAUGGGCAAACACAAACGAUCUAAAGGGCCUGAUAGUGCCAACAAAUUACCUCAAGUCACACCUCAUACACGUUGUAAACUUCGUCUAUUAAAAAUGGAGAGAAUUAAGGAUUUUCUACUUAUGGAAGAAGAGUUUAUCAAAAAUCAGGAGCGUCUUAAAACGGAUGAAGAGCGCCAUGAGGAGGAACGGUCAAAAGUUGAUGAUUUGCGUGGCACUCCAAUGUCUGUGGGAACCCUGGAAGAAAUUAUUGACGACAAUCACGUUGUAGUAUCUACCUCUGUUGGUAGCGAGCACUAUGUUAGCAUUCUUUCCUUCGUCGAUAAGGGUAUGCUUGAACCUGGGUGUUCUGUCUUGUUAAACCACAAAGUUCAUGCUGUUGUUGGUGUCUUGACAGACGAAACCGAUCCUAUGGUUACAGUUAUGAAGUUAGAAAAGGCUCCACAAGAAACAUACGCUGAUAUUGGCGGACUCGAUGUACAAAUUCAGGAGAUUAAAGAAUCAGUUGAGCUACCUUUAACUCAUCCAGAACUUUAUGAAGAAAUGGGUAUUAAACCCCCCAAAGGUGUAAUCUUGUACGGUGCACCAGGGACAGGCAAAACAUUGCUAGCUAAGGCUGUUGCUAACCAAACAUCAGCUACCUUCCUUCGGGUUGUCGGGUCAGAAUUAAUUCAAAAGUAUUUGGGUGAUGGUCCAAAAUUGGUUCGUGAGUUGUUUCGGUUGGCAGAAGAAAAUGCACCUAGUAUCGUAUUUAUUGAUGAGAUCGAUGCAGUGGGGACAAAAAGGUAUGAAUCAAAUUCAGGUGGUGAACGCGAAAUACAGAGGACAAUGUUAGAAUUACUUAAUCAAUUGGAUGGUUUUGAUUCUCGUGGAGACGUGAAAGUUAUUAUGGCCACUAACAGGAUUGAAACGUUGGACCCUGCGCUAAUCAGACCUGGUCGAAUCGAUCGUAAAAUCGAAUUUCCACUACCUGAUGAGAAAACAAAACGUCGUAUUUUCAGUAUUCAUACAAGUCGCAUGACUUUAGCUGAAGAUGUAAAUUUGGAGGAAUAUGUUGCUUCUAAAGAUGAACUUUCAGGUGCUGACAUCAAGGCUAUUUGUACUGAAGCUGGGUUAUUGGCUCUACGAGAAAGAAGGAUGAAAGUCACUGACGAAGAUUUCAAAAAGGCGAGAGAGAAUGUACUUUAUCGGAAAAGUGAAGGGACACCUGAAGGACUUUAUCUAUAACUUGGCUCAUUUCUGCACUCUGUAAAAUAUAUGUACGCAAACAUGUUUCACUUACUAAUAUCUUGUUUAUUUCACAGUAUAUCUUCUUACUGAAUUAUUUUAAUCUACGUGUUCAAAUAUUUUCUGAGCGGCCUUGUGUUUGUUAUCGGAUCCAUACUCCUGUAAAUCUGUUCCCAAUUUUGUUGAAUAUAACUCGUUCACUUUUACUCAGAAGACUGACG